CCCAGGGGACGGUUGCCGUGGAGACGGCGGGGGCGGGCCUGAGCGCGGCGCGCACAAGUGACGCACUGCGCAGGCGCCCAGCGGGAGGGUUGGUACCCGGAUGGAGCUGAAGCCGUUGGAGCGGAAGGUGUCAAUGCUGCAGGCUUGUGUGCGGGGCUUCUUAGUGCGUCGCCACUUCCAGAGCCUUCGAGCUGAGUAUGAGGCCAUUGUCCGAGAGAUCGACGGCGACCUGGGCACGCUGCAGUGGACUGAGGGCUGGAUUCCCACGCCCCGAUUUCCUCCACAGAAAGCAAAAUCCCCUUGGAUCCUGCAAGCUGGAGAGAGGACAAACCCAAAGCGGGCGGAACCAACUUGUCUGUGUAAGAAGCCCGAGAAAGAGGCCAUCUGUGAGAAGACCACACUAAAGGUGUCGAGAGAGAACUCAACGUUGGAAGGAAGAUUGCCCCACACAGAUGCCAGACCUCAGGGGCAGAGUGGGAAGGCCCACCUAGACAGAAGUGCAGAUUGGCAAUGGAUGAAGAAACCAGAAACUGCAGGUCCAGGACUUCCCCACAGCCAGAUGGAGCUGCAGGAACUCCGCAGCCACUUGGCCAUGGAAUUGCUGUGGCUUCAACAAGCCAUCAAUAGCCGUAAGGAGUAUCUAAUCCUCAAACAAACACUGAGGUCCCCAGAGGCCGGUCAGACCAGGGACAAGGCCAGCAGGUGUCCAGACCAAGACGGACAGCUCUGUGAGAGCCCCACAAAAGAAGAUCAGCCCUCUAGCAACAGAGCCACUGGAGAGACAGACCAGACAAAUGACGCCUACUGGGGGUUCACAUCACAAUCUUGCAAAUCCCCAGAAAGACUGGGCUCUACAGACAAAAAUACUAUUGGGUCCAAGUACAGGGACCCAGGCCAGAGAAGAGCUGGGCCACAGCUGUCCACACCAUCUGAGAACCUGGCUAAAAAGCCAGGCCAUGGAAAACAGAGCUUGGGAGGGAUGGUCCAGCAAGUGAGGAACUCUCUGGAGGACCAGACUCCUAAAAUCCCCUGUUCUGGGAAAGCCAGGACACAGUCACAUAUUGUCCAUGAAGACCCACACUUUAAGGACACGUUUCCAGGAGCACCAAGCCAUAAAGAGCUUGACUGCCAGAGAAUUAGGCCUCAAGAGGACCGCAUCUUCUUGGAGGGACUCUUAGAGGGUCUGCCAGAGCACCAUGACCUGGAUCUCUGGGGGACUAAAGUAUCCAAGGGCCAGACUCUCAGUGGUGAAAGUUCUGGUGAUAGAAUCACCAAUAUGGCCAGUCAUGAAGAAUGGAAAAAUGGAAGGGAGGCCCCCUGGAGUUUAAGCCCCACUGAAAAACGGACUCCUGCAGCUUAGAUGCCACUAAGAGGACCACUGGGAGCAGCUGUGGAAACAAAACCUCCAGACUAACCAGGGGCAGGCCAGGUUGCAAAGGGGAGUGGUGCCAAGAAAGGACAGUGAGGGAGACAGGACCUCAUGCUAGCCACUUACCUGUCCCUGCCCUUGGUGGCUAGUGGGGUCAAGAGAAACUGGAACAAAGAGCUGGCCCAAAUAUAGGAACAUGCUUCAUCUGUCAUGCUUUGCUUAUAGCUUAAUCCAAAUUUAGGGUCCUUAGGGAUAUAAAGAGGGGGAGGUGCUAAUGGAAAAUAAAGUUUUUCUUUGUUUCUGA